AGAUGUAGUCCUCGGACCGUCCCCGCUGGAGGCUGCACAGCCCGCCCCGACCACCGCAGCCUCGCCCGCCGCCGUCCGGCCAGCGCCCUCCGGUUUCCUUCCUUCAGGGUGGGGGAAAUGUCCUUCGGGCCGCUUUCCUGGAAGCAGCAGGAUGUGUCGUUCCACUGUCAGUAGCAACAAGCUGCGCAAACCAUGCAGGAUGAUUUACUGAUGGACAAAAGCAAAACCCAGCCCCAGCCCCAGCAGCAGCGGCAACAGCAGCAGCAACCCCAGCCCGAGCCCAGUGCAGCCGAAACCCCAUCCACACCCCUCUCCUCAGAGACCCCCAAGUCAGAGGACAACAGCGCAGUGCCGGCCCUCAGCCCCACGGCGGCCCCACCGGCCCCCAACGGUCCGGACAAGAUGCAGAUGGAAUCGCCGCUCCUGCCAGGCUUGAGUUUCCACCAGCCCCCUCAGCAGCCGCCACCUCAGGAGCCCACGGCUCCUGGCGCGUCGCUGUCGCCGUCCUUCGGCAGCACCUGGUCCACGGGCACCACAAACGCAGUGGAGGACAGCUUCUUUCAGGGGAUCACCCCAGUCAACGGGACCAUGCUCUUCCAGAACUUCCCGCACCACGUCAACCCUGUCUUUGGAGGCACGUUCUCCCCACAGAUUGGCCUGGCACAGACCCAGCACCACCAGCAGCCGCCACCGCCGCCCGCGCCACAGCCGGCACAGCCUGCGCAGCCCCCGCAGCCACAGCCUCCGCAGCAGCGCCGGUCACCCGCCAGCCCCAGCCAGGCACCGUACGCUCAGAGGAACGCUACAGCUGCAUACGGCCACCAGCCCAUCAUGACCAGCAAGCCGUCUUCAUCCUCUGCUGCUGCCGCCGCGGCUGCCGCUGCCGCCGCCUCAUCCGCCUCGUCCAGCUGGAACACGCACCAGAGCGUGAACGCAGCCUGGAGCGCGCCGUCCAACCCGUGGGGCGGCCUGCAGGCAGGCCGGGACCCUCGCCGGGCGGUCGGUGUGGGCGUAGGUGUGGGUGUUGGGGUGCCUUCGCCGCUCAACCCCAUCUCCCCGCUCAAAAAGCCCUUCUCCAGCAAUGUGAUCGCGCCACCCAAGUUCCCCCGCGCGGCCCCGCUCACCUCCAAGUCCUGGAUGGAAGAUAACGCUUUCCGGACCGAUAAUGGUAACAAUCUGUUGCCAUUUCAGGACCGGAGUAGGCCCUAUGACACUUUUAACUUGCACUCGUUGGAGAACUCUCUAAUGGAUAUGAUAAGGACUGAUCAUGAGCCUCUCAAAGGACGCAUGGGAAUAAAUUUCCAUCAUCCAGGAACAGAUAAUAUUAUGGCACUUAACAGUCGGUCUUCUCUCUUUCCCUUUGAAGAUGCCUUCCUGGACGACAGCCAUGGCGACCAGUCCUUGUCAUCUGGCCUAAGUUCUCCCACUCGCUGUCAGAAUGGGGAACGGGUGGAACGCUACUCUAGAAAGGUGUUUGUUGGAGGCCUUCCUCCUGAUAUUGAUGAAGAUGAGAUCACUGCCAGUUUUCGCAGGUUUGGACCUCUUGUGGUAGAUUGGCCUCACAAAGCUGAAAGCAAGUCCUAUUUUCCUCCUAAAGGCUAUGCCUUUCUGCUGUUUCAGGAGGAAAGUUCAGUACAAGCUUUGAUAGAUGCCUGCCUAGAAGAAGAUGGAAAACUGUACCUGUGUGUGUCAAGCCCCACCAUUAAGGAUAAACCGGUGCAAAUUCGACCAUGGAACCUAAGUGACAGUGACUUUGUAAUGGACGGUUCUCAGCCUUUGGACCCCAGAAAAACUAUCUUUGUUGGGGGAGUUCCACGACCCCUUCGAGCUGUUGAGCUGGCAAUGAUCAUGGACCGUUUGUAUGGUGGUGUCUGCUACGCUGGUAUUGACACAGACCCAGAGCUGAAGUACCCCAAAGGUGCUGGCCGCGUGGCGUUCUCCAAUCAGCAGAGUUACAUUGCAGCUAUCAGUGCACGCUUUGUGCAGCUCCAACACAAUGACAUUGACAAACGGGUGGAAGUGAAGCCAUAUGUGCUGGAUGAUCAGAUGUGUGAUGAAUGCCAGGGCACACGCUGUGGUGGGAAGUUUGCCCCAUUCUUCUGUGCUAACGUCACCUGUCUGCAGUAUUACUGCGAAUACUGCUGGGCGAGCAUACAUUCCCGCGCCGGGCGGGAGUUCCACAAACCGCUGGUGAAGGAGGGAGGCGAUCGUCCUCGCCACGUCCCGUUCCGCUGGAGCUGAGCCCAGGGCAGACCCGGCCACAAGUACUGGAGUAGAUACCAAGGAGGGAAAAGAGAGGGUACUGCCUCAGGGCGUACAGUGUUCUGGAAAUCUGUGCAUUCGUUCUCGAUUUUUAAAGAAGAAAUGGGUCUUUUUAUUAUUCUCAUGAUGAUUUACAGUCAUGUUACUGAGCUCAGUGUCCAGCAUAACGCAGAA